AGAACAUGCUGCACGUGUUGUAUGAUGCGCUUCUCAGUCCAGGUUUACUCUCCGCUCUGUCUGUGCUGAUAGAUGUGAUACGGCUUAUUGUUUAGCUACCGGCUCCCUCCUAUAGGAAUGGGCAGUUUAAUGAGACUCAGACAGCAGGCCCUGCAGUGUUCCCCAUGUUCAAGACUAUAAUUUGAGGUCAAACCACUAUGAAAUCCAAAUGGGGAAGGACGGGGCGAAAGAGGAAAAGGAAAGGCCCAUCUGGCACUAAAUCCUAUGCAGCCAAUCGGAGCCAUGAAUGGCAGUACAUCCAGCUGCAGAGGUGGCUGAAAGGGAGGGGGUUUCAAGGCAGGCACCUACGAGCUGCAGAGUUUGCAGACACUGGAAGAGGGUUGAUGGCUACCAGAGACUUGAAGCCAGGGGAACUGAUCAUUGCACUGCCUGAAACCUGUCUGAUCACUACAGAGACUGUUCUGCAGAGUUAUCUUGGGAAAUAUAUUAGACUAUGGAGACCCCAUGUUUCCCCACUGCUGGCCUUGUGCACGUUCCUGGUUGCAGAAAGGUUUGCCGGAGAGCGUUCCCAGUGGAAGCCUUACCUGGAUGUAAUACCCAGCACCUACAGCUGCCCUGUUUAUUGGGAGUUGGAAAUAGUCCACCUGCUGCCUGCACCCCUCCGGAAAAAAGCUCUGGAGCAAAAAACAGAGGUCCAAGAGCUGCAUACAGAAUCGUUGGCUUUCUUCAGCUCCUUGCAGCCCCUCUUUUGUGACAAUGUAGCAGAUAUAUAUACGUAUGAUGCCCUGCGCUGGGCCUGGUGCACUGUAAAUACAAGGACCGUAUACAUGAAGCACACACAGCAGGACCGACUCUUGGCACAGCAGGACGUCUGUGCCUUGGCUCCAUACUUAGACCUGCUAAACCACAGCCCAGAGGUGCAGGUGGAAGCGGAAUUCAGUAAAGACAGACGCUGCUACGAGAUCAGGACCAACAGUGGCUGCCGGAAACACGACCAGGCGUUUAUAUGUUAUGGGCCCCACGAUAACCAGCGCCUCCUGCUAGAGUAUGGAUUUGUAGCGGCCAAUAAUCCGCACCGGAGCGUUUAUGUGACCAAAGAUACCAUCCUUGCUCAUUUGUCUCCUGGGGACAAGCAGAUGCCAAAGAAAUGGGCAUUGCUAAAGGAACAUGACUUUCUAGUAAAUUUGACGUUCGGAAUAGAGGGUCCAUCUUGGAAACUCCUAACUGCUCUGAAGCUGCUGUGCCUUAGGCCAGAGGAAUUCACGAGCUGGAAGAAAGUCAUUCUGGGAAGUUUCAUUUCUGAUGCCAAUGAGCAGGAUUCCCGAGAACUUGUCAGAAAAAUCUGUUUCCACUUGCUGGAUGAAACCUCCUGUGCCCUUAAAGAGAUUUCCCUUGUGAGAAGCAAGAAGAUCUCCGAUGCUGACGCCGCUGUGCACUUGGCUUUGGUGGAAUCUCUGAGACUGGAGGAGAAGAAGAUUCUUGAGAUAUCUGCAAAUCUGCUACAGAAUGAACCCUCUGCAGGACCCACAGGGGCUGCUGGGAGCUGUAGUUUCACAGAGCAGAAGUGAACACGCUCUUUAUUCCUGGUUUGAUUGAUGGAAGGUAGAACUGAAAAAGUAAAAGGAACAAACCAAGUUGCACCCAGUUUGGGGCCUGAAUUAAAGCACAAUGCUGCAGAAUUCAGGAUUUUACAUGGCAAAACAAACUGUGGGCAACAAAGGGCAGUGUAACCAUAAUCUCACAUGUCUCUCUGCCAGUUUCCUUAAUGCCAAUUAGACCGUUCCUACCAUCCUGCAUAGGGAAAUGGAAUAGAAGAAGAAAUGUUUUAUGAAUAAGUUCUCUUUGAAGUCAUAUUUUAAGUUGUUUUUAAAAAACUUUUAUUAUGAUUUGAUGUUUUAUAUGCGAGAGAGAAGAAUAACCCUUGGGAUACAGCUUCUCUGUAUUAUUUUAUAAUGGUGACAUUGGCACUGAAAUUAUAAGGGAUAAUGUACCCCCUACUGGAAAUGAUAAGGAUAUUAGAAAUCACUGAGGGGUUGUUCUGUGACCAUAUAAAGGCACAAGGCUGCAGGCUGAGUUAUACAGGGAACUCUGAGUAUCACUCAUGUAUUAUAAGGGAUAAUGUACCCCCUACUGUAAAUGAUAAGGAUAUUAGAAGUCACUGAGGGUUGUUCUGUGACCAUAUAAAGGCACAAGGCUGCAGGCUGAGUUAUACAGGGAACUCUGAGUAUCACUCAUGUAUUACAAGGGAUUAUGUACCCCCUACUGUAAAUGAUAAGGAUAUUAGAAGUCACUGAGGGGUUCUGUGACCAUAUAAAGGCACAAGGCUGCAGGCUGAGUUAUAGAGGGAACUCUGAGUAUCACUCAUGUAUUAUAAGGGAUAAUGUACCCCCUACUGUAAAUGAUAAGGAUAUUAGAAGUCACUGAGGGUUGUUCUGUGACCAUAUAAAGGCACAAGGCUGCAGGCUGAGUUAUACAGGGAACUCUGAGUAUCCCUCAUGUAUUAUAAGAGAAAUAUAGUAAAGGACAGGAUAUUGGUAAAAAAUACAAAAUUAAGCGAGUUACCUAUUUUGUUAUUAAAACAUUGUGCCUAUAAUAUUUUAUAUUUAUUCUAUUUUAGUCACACAAUGUCCUAUUCUUAUCAACUUGGCAAACUAGUAUUAAUGUAUUUUUACUGUUCUUAAAUUGUUUCCUCUCUUCUUCCUGCUUGUAAAUGGGAGGGGUCGCUGAUCCCGUGUGUUUUGCUCAACGAGGCCAACAUUUAUUUGGCUCUUAAUUUUUACUUACCUUUUUAUUCAGAUCCGUUCUUAUUUCUCCUCCAGUCUCUCGUUUGAAUCACUGGCUACUAAACAAAGCUGUUGAUUACGUUCUUGCUCUUAUUAAAAUCAAUCGACCUUUA